UAUGCACGGCACAGACGUUCUCGCGAUACCACAGUGACUGGUUGGUUGUUCUUUUAUAUUUGGUUGUUCGCCACACAUCUAGUGCAGCGUUCUAGAAUAAUGUCCAGCAGCCGCUGCUAAACUUCGCCUCAACUCUUGAUUGUGCAUCUUCUGCCUAUCGAAACGCAUCCUUCCGGAAUCAUCUAAAAGUCGUCGGUCAAAGCGCGUACGGCGGCGAAAUGAACUCAUCAAGCAACUGCAAAUGUUCGCUCACCGCCGGAUUGGUCGGUUUAAGCUUGGCCGGAUUCCUGCUGUCACUGUACACGUCCUACGUGGAAAUCCGGGCCGAACGGGACCACAGCUACGAGGCCAUGUGCGAUAUCAGCGAACGGAUUAGCUGCACCAAAGUGUUUACGUCUCCCUACGGUCGCGGUUUCGGGCUCAUAGGACCGCUCCUCGGCGAGGACUCCCCGCUGAACAUCCCGAACGGAUUCUUCGGCAUCUUCUACUACUUCCUGGUGGCCGGUCUGUCCUUCAGCAACAGCAUCCGGAUAACUCGCCUGACAACCUACCUGAUCGGCCUGUCCAACCUGCUCUCCGUCUACCUUGCCUAUCUGCUGUAUUUUGUCCUGGAGGACCUAUGCAUCGUUUGCGUCUCGACCUACGCCGUCAAUUUGAUCAGUUUAAUUCUGGUUCUGCAGAAGGGCCAAAUCUUGGUUCGCGAAGACCAAGUCAUGAAGGUCAUCAAGAAGGACCGCUAGAAGAGUGAGAAUAUGAUUGCAGCACAAAAGGGUUCGAAUGAAACAUUGCAUUUUAAAGCUUAUUGUUACCGCCCUCCCUCGCUCGUACACCGUAAGAAGAUUUGUUUGUUUCACGCCAAAAAGAUUGAACCUGUUGUAUAAUGACGUUUUGCCUACCUGUAGUUACGAUUAAUAAAUUCUAAAU